AUGUGGAAAUUGAUGAAAAGGUUCCAGAUUUCAACUUUGCGGAGUACAUAUACACUCAAAAUUGACCCCAAAGUCGAAACUGUUGUUCAUGGAUCAGUGAGAAAGCCAAAAGCUCUUGUUGAGGAAAUAACUUCAAAACUGAAAGAAAUGCAGAAAGGUGGUCACAUACUCCCUGUAACUACGCCAAAUGAUUGGAUCAGUUCGAUGGUUGUGGUACUGAAGAAGAACAGAGUCAAAAUGUGUCUUGAUCCCAAAGACCUUAACAAGGCCAUACGUCGAGAGCAUUAUCCAAUCCCGACUGUUGAAGAUGUCGCAUCUUUCCCAAAGGCAAAGGUAUUUGUCCUAGAUGCAAAGUCAGGAUUUCUUCAAAUAAAACUUGACUACGAAUCAAGCUUAUUGACAACAUUUAACACGCCAAUAGGUUGUUACAGAUUCCUGCGACUUCUGUUCGGCGUCAAGUCUGCGCCUGAAAUAUUCCAAAGGAUAAUGGGCAACAUGCUACAAGAUAUUUUGAUUGGUGGAGAAAAUAAAGCUCAUCAUGACCUCAUUCUCAACAAGCAUCAGUUCUCGGCAGAUUUGACGUCGACAGAGACGUCACAGUACAAUGCGAUCCAAGCAGUUACACACUUGGUGGCAUACUUCUUCAAGAUUGCAUACCAGUUGCCUACACUUCUCGAGCUUUGA